GCGCAUUUACCUAAGAGCGGGGGCCAUGAAUCAACAAGGAAGAUGAGUGUGAUUGUUACAAUCUUCAGGACAACAUUUUCGGAAUGUUUCAUUUCGUUCUUAUCCAUGGCCAUUGUAAAUUGGACAGCAGGCAUGAGGAAAACUAGAAAUCGCGACUUCUGGACGAAGUCGCGUGAAACGUUUUGUCACGUGCAACGCUAUGACUGGAUGAACGUCUAUGUCGGAAUCUUAGGGUUGAGGUCCAAGAUGUCACAAGACGUAGGAAAUGGGUCUUUUUGAUCAUGAAUUUUGUGAAAUAGGAAUUUAAAAGAGAUGAAGGGCAUCCUACUGCUUGCUUGUCUGGUGUGUUUGCUGCAGCUUGCCAGUACCAAAAAAACUGUUCUUGGCAGACCAGCGCAUCUCAAUCAGAAGAACUUCCAGAAGUAUUGCCCAAAAAGAUGCCAAAUAACCCAUAAAGCAGUUCUUACAGGAAACACCUGCCCCUUUGGCUGUUUUUACUUAUGGUGGAAAGGGACAGAUUACUGCCCUCUAUGGUGCAGAAGUUACAAAAAAGUUUUUGAAUGUAUUCGACCAAAGGAUAAAAAGCCAGUUAAUAGACCACCACGCUGUUUACAUGAUUUCCCAAGGCUGGAAGAAAUGAUUUUGAGAAACAUGGGAUUCAAGAUGAUGUUUGCCUAUUACUUUCAUCACACUUUUAAAACACUGAAAUCAAUCGAUUUUUCCUUCAACAAUAUAGCUGGAACAAUAAUGAGAAAGUAUUUCAAGAUACAAGCUAACCUUCCUUAUGAUGUAAAGAUGGAAAAUUUGACGAAGAUAAAUCUUGCAUAUAACAAAAUCACUGCUUUUCAAGCAGCCACCUUUUUUCAAGUGCCACACCUUCGCUAUCUAAAUAUGUCUCAUAACCUGCUUCCUGGGACUGUAUUUCACGGGAAGAUCUGGCGUAAAAAAAGGUAUUGUGGGCCAUUCCAGGCAAAUGCAGAACUGAGGAUUUUAGACAUCGGAUACAACAAGGUAGAUAGGCUUUAUCCUUCAGCGUUGGAAUGUUUCAAGAACCUCAUAACUUUAGUAUUGGAUGGGAAUCCCAUUAAGCAAAUUGACGAUGGUUUUCUGUCACCAGCACCAAAACUGAAAAAUCUUUACGUUCAAUACCUCAAAUUACAUAUUGUUAACCUGCAAUUUUUGGACCUGGAAAAAUAUUCUGUGACGUCUCUAUACAUUGCAGGCACUGGGAGAAUGUGUGAUUGUUCUUGGUGGAUGAUUGUCGGCAAGGUGAGUGGGUAUCCUGAUGACGUAAAGGAAACUAUGGAGAUGAGAGGACCGGAAAGGUAUACACACAUUCGUGGUGUGAAUUUGACAAAAUGCGACAUAGGAGUUUACCAUGUAAAAUGCUUAAGACGCAGACCCAUUACCACAAGCACAACUAGUAAGCUAGUGACAACAACUGUAAAACCAACAACUACUACCAAAAAAACAACAACUACCCAAAUACGUACAACAACUAAAAAAGCAACUACCACGACUGAAAAACCAACUACUACCACUACUACUACCAAAAAAACUACAACAACUGCAAAACCAACAACUACAACCAGAAAGACAACUAAACCAACUACCACAACAACUACCCAAAAAACAACAACAACUAAAAAACCAACUACCACAACAGAAAAACCAACUACUACAACAGCAGUUAUAGAAGGAGAAACACCAGAACCAGAGACUGAGGAAGAAGCCAAGUUGUACAAGCAGCUGGUACCACCAGCUCUGGAGAAUGGGAGAGUCACUUUUGAUGGUGACCCCAAAUCUUAUGCCAUACAUUCGGUCAAGGGACAGCACAGAAUAAUGCAGUAUGCCUUGAAUAUCCGCUCCAAAAUCAAAAAGAUUGAAGAUCAGCACAAGAAGAAUUUUUAUCUACGGCUUUUUUCGACAAGAAUGGACCAGUUCCUUGUCCACUACAUAGAACAGUCUCGGGAAGCCAGCAAGAAAGAGCUGCAUAAUAAAGAAAAGGAAGACCAUGAUCGGCUCAUUCAAAUAAAAAAUCUGAAAAAGAAGCUGAAAAGUAAAAAGAAACUCAUUGCUAAACUUAACAAGGAAAAGAGAGGACGAGAGAAGAAAAUUGAAGAUUGUGAGGAGGACAAACUUUCUGCUGAAAGAAAGAGAAAAGCUACAGAACGUGCUGCCAAGCGAGCUGCAAUAAAGGCAGAGAAAAAACUGAGGAACAUGAUGAUGCUGUUCAUAAUUAUUGCUGCUUCCGUUCUCUUCCUGGUGGUCGUUGUGCUAGUGGCUUAUAGAUGUACAUGUGGCAAAGAUGCAGAGAGGGAAGCAGAUAAAUGGAACUGCUUUAGAAUUUGUUGCAGAGGGGGGGCAGGUGAUGUAGAGGACAACACUAAAUUUGAAAAGAUGAAAAAACACAAGAAGAAAGAAAAGGGAGAGGGAGAUGAAGAAUUGCUGAUAAAAUCAGAGUCUGCAGAGAACCUGGAAGAAACUUCACCCUCACAAAAAUCCUUGCAAAAAUCUGGUGAGGCAAUCUACAUGACCCCAGAACCAUUCAGGAAGACCAGCAGUGUGGCUUCUCAUGGCUCACAGGGAAGUAGAAAGGGAAGCAGGGCAUCCGUUAGCUCAGUGAGAUCAGUUGGUGGUGGUAGUGGUCGGGGAUCCAGGCAGAGCAUCCCUGGCUCUCAGCAGGGCUCACAAGAAUACCUUUCAGAAUCCACGAAAAGAAAGAACAGGCAACAUAUGAUAUGUGGCUGCGGUGACACAUGUGAAAAGUGUGCUCCAGUUUAUGAAGAGAUGUCGAGAAGUUUGAAGAAGGCCAAAGGAGAUCGUCUCAGAGCCUCCAUGCUGAAACGGCAGCCCAAAUCUGAGGACGGUUCCCGCAGCAGCGUGAGAAGCGCCAAGGAAGAGGUGACCGAGGAAGUGACAGAGAUUGUGGAGGAAGAAGUGGAGGAAGUGGAGGAUGCUGCUUCUGGUGACUCUAGUGAGGCAGCCAAGUCUGACACGGAGUAAAAGUACCCUCUCUAAAAGUCUAUGAUAAGGACAGAUGUGGACAUUUCACACCUUCCAUUUUUCCACUGAUGAUAGUACAAACCUUGCUCAGCAAAUCAUUUACCCAGGAUAAUAACACUAAAGCCUGAUACAGAGAAGUUUAUUUAUUAAUGACUCAGUACUGUACAGUAUGAGAUGACCAUGGUUUUCCUGGGCGGACAGAAGUGGUGCUUAUUGUCCAACUUGAGUGAGCAGCCAACCCUGAUACUAAGGGAACUCUUUCUGGUUUAAUACAAUCUCAAAUCCUACAGAAAACUUUUAACUGUUUUACUUCACUAAAAAAAUCCCAUUUAGGACUACAUUUACUUAUAGAAGACAGAUACUGUUCAGUUUACUAUGUAUGUUAUAGUAAACAGAAUGUAUUUUAAUGAAUUGGAGUUUCUUGCUCCCCAUUUUUUUUUUUACCUUACUAGGUAGCAUAAUAUUUGUAUUAUUUGUGAUAGUAAAUUCAACCUUGUUUAUAGUGUAAAUAUUUUACUUGUUCAUAACCAAACCUUAAUAUUAGAAUCUGUUUUGUGAAUCUAUUUUUUAAGCUCAGCAUAAAAAAGAAAAAAAAAAAAAAAAAAGAAUUUUGCACUUGACCAAGGGCUUAUUCAGCUAAAAAUAAGUCUUGACAUUAUUUGUUAAGCAUUUGGUUUAAAUUCAAUUUAAAUGUAUUAUGUACAUUUGAGCCCAAGUUUGUGAGGAGUCUUAUCAAGUUGAAUUAACAUUCGAGUAAACAACAAGUUCUCAGAUAUACUUGGCAUAGCUCUAGUUAAGCUUCUUGAAAUAUCACGAAGGCAAAAUCCCAGGACAAAAUUAUAAAAGGAGCUCAAACUUUUGUGAAAAUAAAAAGUUGUUUAGGGUUGUUCAUGUGAAUGUUUUGAAUACUGCAGCAAAGGAUGCUAUCCUCUUUUUUUCUUUCAUAAUAUUUCCCUUCACAUAGACAAAUAUACUACUAUUAAAUUAAUUUGUUAGAGUUGAGAGCUAUUUCAUUCAUGCUUUCCCCAAAUUUUAGACUAUUGGUGAUUACUGACCAUGUUGACCAUUUACUGACCUUUUAUUGAUCAUAGACUGCACACUGCUUGGGAACAGUAGUGUCUAAAGAAACCACAAGAAUUGAUUGCUGCUUAGCCUGACCAAAUGUCGUCUUGUAGUAUCAGAUAAUAUAACUUUUAAUUUACUCCAAAAAAUACCACAGGGUUGUUUCACUAUUUGCCUUCAUUUUUCAUUUCAUCACAAACUGGAGGGACGAGUUAGAGGGUCAUGUUUACAACCAGAAAUUUAAAGAUGCAGUUAAAAAAAAA